UUCUCCUUAAAAAGUACUUAGAAGCAACAGACACCACCAUCCGAUCCCAUUUCUUCAACCACACUUCCCAAUAAUUAGAGAUGAAAGUGAAAGCAUUAGUUGCCUUCCAAUCCAAGCUUUUCAGCCCAUGCAGAAAUAUAUUUUUAUUCUUCAGAAUCAAACUCGGAAAACCUAUCUUCAUAAGAGCUUUCGGAUUUCGUGCUCAACGCAACAAGACUAGAAAAACUCUUACAAGGAAUCGAAUGUCUACUGCCUUGUUUUCAUUUUUCCGCUCCCCUAAGCAUUCAAGACAGAUGGACAGAGUUGGGGAGCUUAGAAGUGUUUCCAAAGAAGAGCACGAUAGAAAGUUCUUUCCAUCACCAAAGCUCUUUCAGUCACCUCUUACUCCAGCCUAUAUCAAAGCCAGCAGAGUUGCCAUGAAGGAAGCCUUUGGCAAUGAAGACAUAGAAGAUGCAUGCAGAAGUUUUGAGAACUAUUUGGUGGAGAUGAUAGUUGAAGAGGGAAAAGUGAGGGACUUGACGGAUGUGGAAGAGCUUCUGUAUUGCUGGAAGAAUCUCAAGUGUCCUCUCUUCAUUGAUUUGGUGUGUAGAUUCUAUGGAGAACUAUGCAAGGACCUGUUCUCCCCAGAGGAUGACAAUGAUACUGAUACUGCAAACUGACUCUGCAUCUAAACUUUGCUCCCCCACGCACCCCACCCUUUUCCCUCUUCCAAGAAAAGGAAUGAAGAAGAAGAAGACGAAGAAGAAGCAGCAGCUUUCUUUGAUUUAACUGUAUUAGAUCAUUGUAACACAGUAGAUAAUUGAAGGAAUAAAGCCAAUUUUCAAA